UUCCUGCCGUAUACGGUUGACUUUCACGAUGAACCAGAGGCACCUAAGAGGCCGAAUAUUCAAAGGUUGCACAGCCGUGCGGCCUCAGCAACUGAUAUGAAAGCUCUUGCAAACACAGCAGCAAGUCUGUUCAAUGGUCCUCCUGUACCACAAACUCCUGCAGAGGAGAAGCAGGACGAUUUUUUCUCUCAAUUGCAAAACGACCCUCGCAUCAAGCCUGGUGACCCUCGCUCGCUUGCUCGUACUGAGGCAGCUCCUCCAGAAUGGGGUGCUGCUGCUCAGUUCUUGAAUCAACCUAAAUCUACGGCUGGUCCUCUUCCGUCUGGUAGCAUUCUUGACUAUGUCAAAUCAGAGAAGAAGGAUCCAGAACUACUAGCCAAAUAUACAGCUCAGAGGAAGCGCAGACCGACCACUGGCACUUCGCGCAGAGGAAGCAACGAACGCAACUUUGCUAGAAAGACCUGGACCGUAGAGCCUGCCGUUCAGGGAAACGGUGGCUUGAUCAAUGCUAUCCGUGCUCAUGACGCUCUCAGAUCCGAUGAAGAUUUCCAGAAGAUCUGGGUCGGUACUCUUGGUUUCCCCACUGACGCCCUAGUUGAUUCUAAGAAGGAGGAAAUCUCUGACAGGCUGGCUAACGAAUACGACGCUGUGACUGUCUACCCUUCAGAUCGUGAUAUUGAUGGACACUACACUCACUACUGCAAGACCAUUCUCUGGCCAGUUUUCCACUACCAAAUUCCUGAUCACCCCAAGAGCAAGGCCUACGAAGACCAUUCCUGGGAGUUUUACAGAAACGUCAACCAAAACUUUGCCGACAAAAUCAUUGCCAACUACAAGCGAGGCGAUGUCAUCUGGAUCCACGACUACCAUCUUCUCCUCGUCCCUGGUAUGAUUCGCAGGAAGCUGCCUGAUGCCCAGAUCGGCUUCUUCCUUCACGCAGCUUUCCNNCCCUCUUCCGAGGUGUUCAGGUGUCUCUCGACCCGUAAGGAACUUCUCGAGGGCAUGCUCGGUGCCAAUCUUGUGGCUUUUCAAACCAAGGAGUACGCGCAUCACUUCCUGCAGACUUGCAGUCGUCUCCUCACUGUCGAGGCUACUCCUGAAGGAGUGCAAUUGGAAGAGCGCUUUGUCAACGUCAGUCACGAACCCAUCGGCGUUGAUCCUGAAGGUAUGGCCAAGGCUAGAGAAGAGCCUGAGGUACAGGAGUGGAUCAAAGUAAUUCAGGAGAGAUAUAAGGGCAAGCAUCUGAUCGUUGCUCGUGACAAGUUGGACAACGUCAGAGGUGUCAGACAAAAGCUACUUGCUUUCGAGCUGUUCCUCAACAAAUAUCCCGAGUGGCGUCAAAACGUUGUCCUUUUGCAAGUCGCCACAUCUACCACCGAGAAUAGCGAGCUCUUAGCCACAGUUUCGGACAUCAACACACGUAUCGACUCGGUACACUCAACACUUGCGCACCAGCCUUUGGUUUUCUUGAAACAAGAUAUCUCGUUCUCACAAUAUGUGGCUCUGCUUACUGUUGCCGAUGUCAUGAUGAUUACCUCCCUUCGUGAAGGUAUGAAUCUGACAGCUCAUGAGUUCAUUCUAUGUCAGGAUGGAGCUUCGACAGAGAAGAAGUUUGGUCCUCUAAUUCUCAGUGAAUUUACUGGCAGUGCGUCGGUAUUCGGAGGCAGCGAAAUUUCUGUGAACCCUUGGGAUUACCAGAAGUGCGCUGAAGCUAUCAAACUCGCUCUGGAGAUGUCCCCCGAGGAGAAGGAGCGACGUUACAAAAAGCUUUCGGAUGUUGUGCACAAGCAAACUGGAGACUACUGGACCACCCGCUUGAAUGACUCCCUCACAAAGGCCUCCAAGGAACAGUUCUCCCGCGAUGCGAUGUCGAUUCCUCGUCUGUCGGUCACUUCACUUGCUCAAAAGUACAGAGAGGCGGAGCGUAGAGUCUUCAUCUUGGAUUACGAGGGCACGCUCGCAACAUAUGGUACGGGCAAGGAUGUUGUCUUGACGUCUCCUCAGCGUGUCCUUGACACCCUCAAUGAGCUCUUGUCUGAUAAGAAGAACAUUGUGUACGUCAUGUCAGGUCGUACCCCUGAGGAGUUGCAGCGCUUGUUCCGUCAAGUGCCCAACCUUGGAGUUAUCGCGGAGAACGGAUGCUUCUUGCGCGAAUGGGGUGCUGCUGAUGAUGAGUGGGUCGCCUUUGCAGAUAUUGAGGCAAGUGCUGCUUGGAAGAAAGACGUCAAGUCAAUCUUCCAGUAUUAUGCUGAGCGUGUCGAGGGCUCGUGGAUCGAAGAGCGUCACUGCUCACUUGUCUUCCACUACGAGAAGGCUGUGGAUCCUGAGGCUGCUCGUGCUCAAGCAGGUGAUUGUGCUAAUCACAUCAACGACAGCUGUCAGAGUUACAGAGUACAAGCCAUCCCUACCAGCAAGGCGGUCACGGUUGAAUCACUCGACUGGAGCAAGGGUUCGGCGGCCACAAAAAUCUUCGAUAAGCUUCGCGAGAAGAACGUCGAAGGUAAAGGUCGUACACCACCUGAUUUCCUAUUUGUGGCUGGUAAUGACCGCGAGGACGAGACCAUCUUCCAGUGGGCCAACGACAUUUCGGAACAGGGAAGGGUUGCCAACGUAACUACUGUCUCUGUCGGCAAGCGCAACACCCAAGCCAUGACUACCAUCACUCAGGGUACUACCGGACUGAUCAGUGCGCUCCAAAAACUGUCGAAUUAUUCAUAUGAUACUGCUCCUGAAGGAUCUGGCGGCCGUCGCCCAUCUGUUCUCCNNCUUACUACUGGUUCU